AUGGACUCCAUCACUGCAAUGAACAAGAAGAACGUCCAAUGGAUGCUCGAAGAGCGCGCUCGCACCCAAAAGUUCAUCAACCGCAACACCUCCGCCACCACUAAUCGCUCUCAAAGUCCUGAUCGCAUUGCGCUUGCUGGACCUCCCUUCCCUUGGAUCCCAGCACCCGACGUCCGCCUUCGUCUCAAAAUGGCAUUCAGAACGUUGACAGAAUACAACGACCUCCGGGAAGAGGCAUUGGCGUCACUGAAUCCGCGCCCUCAAUGUGUUCGAAAGCUCUACAUCUUGGUUAAAAAGCACUACCACCCGUCUGCCUGA